GAGGGAGCUGCGCUCCGUUGGGGCCUCGCGGGCGGCUGGUGCCCCAGCAAUGGCCGCCAACGCCUUCCCUGAGGGAGCGGGCGCGAGGCAGGAAACGGCGCGAAAGAGCCGGGGCGCGAGCGCCCACGCCCUCAGUCCCCACGGGCGCGCGCCACCCCGCCCCGCCCCGCCCCGCGCGCUCGCUGCCCGCGCCGCGCCCCCGCGCAUGCGCGGAGCCGCCCAACCGCCCCUGCGCGGUCCAGUUUGAACUCGUGAGGGGAGCGCCGCCGCCAUGGACGGACGGCUCUCCCGCAUCCCCGUGCCCGGCCGGCUCCAGCGCCCCGAGCCGUCCGCAGAACUGCAAAUGACUUUUCCUUCAAAGAGAAAAUGCAUCAGCAAAGCUCCAGAGCCAGAGUUCAGCAGGGUUCCCAGUCUCAACUUUCCCUCAAACGUUACAGCGGACAGUGUCUUCAAGGCUGCAAACCAAGGGUUGCCUAAGUCUGACAAGAGAAUGGAAACGGUUUCAAAGAAGACAGUGGCAAGACGCCCUCUCAGCAGACACCAACUAGAGACAGAGCUAAAAAACAAGAAUCAGUUGGUGGAGACACUCAAACAACAACUAGCAAGAGCAGAGGGCACUGUUAAGUUAAGGGAGUUGAAGAAGGAGAACGAGAGGCUGGUCCACGAAGUUGAGAAGCUCAAGAAAAUUCAGGAGACGUGCAUGAUGAUCUUAGAAAGCAGAAACAUCAAUCCUGGUAGCAACAUAGAGGAGGAAAAGGAGAUGCGUGCUUGUCGGGAAAAGACAACGAUGCUAACUAAGAAGGUCUCAGAAGAAUUGAUGCUAUUUUGUCACACAGUUGCGAAAGAGAAGGAGAUGCUUGAGACAGCGAUGACCAAGUGGAAAUCAGUGCAAGAGGAAAACCAGCGUGCCCUGGAGAAGCAGUCCUACUUCCAAGCUCAAAUUAAGGAAUGCACAGCCAUGCUGGAAGCGCUGGGGGAGCUCCUGGCAAUGUGAGGCACGAGGACGGACUGGAUUUUUGCUUUUUCGCCCCUAGUUCAGUGCUCCCUGUUUGUCAAGCCCAGUUCCCGCGUUCGGUGAUCCAAACUCCCCGCGGGUCGCUGCUCCCCGGAGCGGUACGGCCGGACGGGGGGCUGAGGCAGCAGCGAUGGCCGCUUAGCCUCGUGUCAGGCGUGCGCCGCUCUGUUCGGUCUCCGGUGUCCGCGGGUUUGGUUUAUUAAAGUUGCUGCAAGGA